AUGGCUAGCAACAGUUUGGCGCCGCCAACGUUGGCGAUCGAUACGCGAACACGUCCGAGGAGCGAUACUAAUGAGACCAGAGUGGUGACACCUGCCGGAUCUUUUGUUUCCAACGUCUCAAAUCCUUUUCUAACGCCGGCUCAAUCUAACUCUAACCCCUUCUCAACACCUGCUCCAUCAGACUGUGGAGCAAGUGUGUUAUCAGUAGAUCCUGAGGCGGCUCUCCGUCCGGAUCCUGGCACGGAGGCAGAUUUCCAAGUCGAGAAUAACCCGUUCGCAUUCAGUCCGGGCCAGCUAAAUAAAUUAUUAAAUCCGAAAUGCUUACCCGCAUUUCGUGCUUUAGGCGGCAUCAUCGGGAUAGCACGCGGCUUACAGUCUGAUGUCAACGCCGGCCUGAGCGUUGACGAGGCAACAGUACGAACAUCUAUCACGUUUGAACAGGCCGUAAGGAGAACGUCCGAUAAGUUUAUAGAGACGCCAGAGCGAGCGCCAGAACCCGGAUCCGACUUCUUUGUUGACCGAGCAAGGGUCUUUGGAAGGAAUGUCCUCCCAGCUAAGUCUGCAACCCCGAUAUGGGUUCUUAUGUGGAAUGCGUACAAUGACAAGGUCAUUAUACUUUUAACGGUAGCCGCGAUUAUAUCGUUGGCGCUUGGUCUUUACGAAACUUUCGGAACGGUAGAUGAACCGGGCGCGCCACCGUCAAUAGAUUGGGUUGAAGGUGUCGCAAUCAUCAUCGCUAUUCUUAUCGUCACUUUGGUAGGAUCAAUAAACGACUGGCAGAAGGAACGGGCUUUCGUGAGACUCAACGCUAAGAAGGAAGACCGCGAGAUCAAAGUCGUUCGAUCAGGAAAGUCGUUCAUGAUCAACGUUCACGACAUCUUGGUUGGAGACGUUCUGCACAUCGAGCCCGGUGAUCUCGUUCCCGUCGACGGAAUUUACAUUAACGGCCAUGACUUGAAAUGCGAUGAAUCCUCGGCUACUGGCGAAUCUGACGCUAUCAAGAAGGUACCGGCUGCACAGGUCAUGGAAGCUCUGGAAUCAGGAGCCAGCCAAAAAGGCCUUGACCCUUUUAUUAUUUCCGGUUCAAAGGUUCUCGAAGGUGUCGGCACGUUCCUUUGCACUUCGGUCGGUGUGCAUUCGAGCUUCGGAAAGAUUAUGAUGUCUGUUCGAACGGAAGUCGAAGCGACUCCUCUUCAGAAGAAACUCGAAAGACUUGCUGUUGCUAUCGCAAAACUGGGAAGUACAGCAGCUGCUCUUCUCUUCUUCGUCCUGCUAUUCCGCUUCCUCGGUAGCCUUUCAACGGACACGCGUUCCGACUCGGCGAAGGCCUCCACCUUCUUGGACAUCCUAAUCGUGGCCGUAACUAUUAUCGUCGUGGCUGUACCCGAAGGUCUACCCCUGGCUGUUACCCUAGCGCUGGCCUUCGCCACCACCCGAUUGCUAAAGGAGAAUAAUCUUGUCCGCGUGCUACGCGCCUGUGAGACGAUGGGAAACGCCACCGCGAUUUGUUCCGACAAAACGGGGACAUUGACAACCAACAAGAUGACGGUCGUCGCGGGAACAUUUGGCCAAUCAAGUUUUGCCAAAUCCGAAAGUGAAAAGCCAGGUACCCAGACCAUCUCUCAAUGGGCGGCCAGUCUUCCCCAAAAGACUAAGGAGGCUAUCGUCCAAUCGGUGGCUAUCAACUCUACUGCUUUCGAAGGCGAGGAGGCUGGGCAAUUCGCAUUCAUUGGCUCUAAGACCGAAACGGCACUUCUUCAGCUUGCAAGAGACCAUCUUGGGAUGCAAUCAUUGGCCCAGACCCGUGACAACGAGCAGGUAAUUCAAAUGAUGCCUUUCCUCUCAGCCAAGAAAUGCAUGGGCGCAGUCAUAAAGUUACGAGACGGUUCUGGAUACAGACUCUUGGUAAAGGGCGCUUCGGAAAUUCUCUUAAGACUCUGCAACGCCAAGGCAGAUGUUCAAAUCCUUGCUGCCAGCGAUCUUUCAGAGAGUGAUCGCAACGACCUGACAUCUGUCAUUGAUUCUUAUGCUAAAGGAUCUCUGAGAACUAUCGGCAUCGUAUACCGGGACUUUGAGAAUUGGCCUCCUGCUGAAGCUGAGGUAGAAGAAGAUGGCCAUGUAAAAUUCGAGUCUGUGUUAAAGAACCUGGUUUGGCUUGGCUUGGUUGGUAUUCAGGACCCUGUCAGACCGGGUGUGCCCGAAGCUGUCCGAAAGACUCAGAAUGCCGGCGUCGUCGUGCGCAUGGUUACUGGAGACAACGCUGUUACCGCUCAAGCUAUCGCGACCGAGUGUGGUAUCUAUACCGAUGGCAUUAUCAUGGAGGGUCCUGAUUUCAGGAAGCUGAGCGAGGAGGAGAUGGAUGCUAUACUACCGAAGCUACAAGUACUUGCGCGCUCAUCGCCUGAGGACAAGAGGAUUUUGGUUGCAAGGCUCAAGGCUCUCGGAGAAACUGUAGCUGUUACCGGAGACGGUACCAAUGACGCCCCAGCUCUUAAAACUGCCGAUGUUGGUUUUUCCAUGGGCAUCUGUGGAACUGAGGUGGCUAAGGAGGCUUCGGAAAUUGUACUAAUGGACGACAACUUCGCUUCUAUUCUAACUGCUCUCAAAUGGGGACGAGCGGUUAACGACUCCGUUCAGAAGUUUCUUCAGUUCCAAAUUACUGUCAACAUCACCGCCGUCCUCCUCGCCUUCGUAUCCGCAGUUGCUGAUCCUGAAAUGCAUUCUGUGCUCACUGCCGUGCAACUACUCUGGGUCAACCUUAUCAUGGACACCUUUGCAGCCCUCGCCCUGGCAACGGACCCUCCAACCGAAAAGAUUCUCGACCGCAAGCCUCAACCGAAGAGCGCACCCCUCAUUACAACCAACAUGUGGAAAAUGAUUAUCGGGCAGGCAAUCUACCAACUCGUCGUCACGUUUAUUCUAUACUUCGCCGGCGCUUCCAUUCUAGGUUACGAUCCUAACAACCAAACCCAGAAGACGCAGCUUAACACCAUGGUUUUCAACACAUUUGUAUGGAUGCAAAUUUUCAAUGAGUUCAACAACCGACGCCUCGACAACAAGUUCAACAUCUUCGAGGGCGUGCAUCGCAACCAGUUCUUCAUCGUCAUCAAUAUCAUUAUGAUUGGCGCUCAAAUCGCCAUCAUCUUCGUCGGAGGCGCUGCAUUCGAAAUUACUGCCAUCGACGGUACGCAAUGGGCUAUCUGCGUGAUUGCCGCGGGCAUCUCGCUCCCGUGGGCCAUCCUUAUCCGACUAUUCCCAGACGAGUUGUUCGCCAGCAUUGUCAAGAUCGUGGGCGCACCUGUCGUCGUUGUAUACGAGGCUUUUGCCAAGGUCUUUUCUAAGAUCGGCUCUACCGUCGCUAGGAUGUGGAAGCCGAAAAACAAGACAUCAAAUUCGGACGAGAAGCAAGUAGAUGGCGCGACAGAGGAGAAAGAGGCAGCUCCCGAGAUCGUGGUGUCGGAGGGUGUCUUCUCGAACACCGGCCCUGAGAUACAAAUAACCGGGGAUUUAGAACAGGGAAGGAGAUAA